AAAAAAAAUACUUUCACUUCAGAAUUUCGAGAUUACCAAAUAAAAUAAAAUAAACCCCUUUUUUUUCAACCCUGGUAAUUAUAAAUAACAUAUAUGAAAAUGUAAAAAGUUAAAAACUAAAAUUUAAAAUAAAUAUUUACAUAGUGUGAUCCAUUUCGAGGUUUCCUAAAGAAAGAAACACAGAAAAUUUAAAUCUAUUGGGAAAUGUUUAUUAUCAUUCAAACGAACAUUAUUUGGCAUUUAUUUUUACGACACACGUUAUGUUUUGCUCGAAGGCCUUAGACUUUACAUAGCCCCACAGAGAAAAGUCGAAGGGUCACACGAUCUUGGUAGCCAAUCGACCGGCCAAAAACGUGAAAUUAUCUGCUCACCGAAGUGUUCUCUUAAUAAAUCCAUUGAUUGAGGCACCGUCUUGUUGAAACCAAAUGUCGUCGAGAUCACGAACUUCAAUUUCAGGCUUCAAAUAGUCGGUUAUCAUGGCGAGAUAACGGUUGUCAUUGAUAGUUACGCUCUCACCGGCAUCAUUUUUGAAUCAGAUCUUGAAUCUCUUCAGGUUGCUCUUCGUCCCAAAUGUGGAAAUUUUGCUUGUUUACAUACCCAUUCGAGACACAAAUGGGCCUCACCGCUAAACAAAAUUUGGGUCGAAAACGUCGGAUCUUCUUGGAACUUUUCUGGAGCCCAUAGAACAAAGAGAUGUCGCUUGGGAAGGUCUAGUAGCUUCAAUUCUUGCACAAGCUGUAUUUUGUACGCUUUCAAUUUAAGGUCAGUACAAGUUGCUGCGAACGGCACCGAAUCGACUCACCACGGUAUUUGUGUUCACAGCUACGGCCGCUAUGUUUGCUUCACUGCAUGCUGGACUUGGUGUAUUAUCCAAUAAUAAAUGAUGGGCCUCAAGAUGGGUGAAGGUGUUGCAAAUAGUACGCUCAGUAGGUCGCUAAUGUCGACCAUAAGUUGAGCUAAGCGCACGAAACACAUUCUUUAAAGAACGUUGACACGACUCACACGUGAUCUGUCAAAAAAAACGGCUAUUGAAAAAAGUCACCCGUUAUAAUUAGCAGUAAAUUAUGAUUAUAAUUAUAAAUCAGUAAAUAUAAUUAUUAUAUAAUAAUCAGUAUAUUAUAUAAUAAUCAGUAAAAUACAAGAAGUUAAGCAGUUAAAACUUAAAAAGGAAACAAAUUUUAUAUAAUUAAUUCUAAAUAAAUUUAAAAAUAAAUGUUUAAAUAUUGUGCUGUAAAUUAUUAUUUUUAUUAGAAAUCAAUGAAAAUAAUUAAAUGAAAUAAUUACAUUAAAUAUUACGCAUAUACAAAAUAAUUAGUAAUAAAUUAUUAUUAUAAUGUUUGUUAUAUUUUUAUAAAAAAAAAUUUAACUAUAUGUAUAUAUUAUAUCUUUGACGAAUUAAAAUAAAAAUAAUAUAAAUAUUAAUAUAUUAAACAUCCGUUAUAAUAAAAAAAUAAACAAAUAUAAACUAAAAACUGUUUUAAAUUGCAGUUUUGUGUAUAUAAAGCAUAUGUAUAUACAGUUUUAGUGUAUAUAAUAUGUAUGUAUGUACAUAUAUUUACACCUAUGUAAACUGGUAAUGCGAAGAGCGCUUUCAUUGCCAAAUUGUGAACUUCUGCUUUGCUUUUGGUUUGCAGUGAUUUGUGACCAUGCUGAGGCACUCGUGUAGGUUUUCCUUCCGCCUUGUAGCCGCUGUGUUUGUAUGUGUGUGACUUCUUUUGAUGUUUCGCAGUGAAAAUAAAAUUAAAGUGGAAUUGUGUAUAUACAUAUAUAUAACAUAUAAAUAUACCACAUAUCCAUAUGUACUUGCAGCUUGCUAAAUUUGAAAAGAUCUUGAAAUGUAUGUAUGUGCAUAUCUAGAUACAAAUACACACACAUAACUAAGUGCCUUAAUAGGAGAUGAAAAGUAAAAGCGUUUGAGCAAAGCAAGUGUGUGUUAUUUAAUAUGAAUAUGUUUGAAGUGAAUGAAAAGCUGUGAAUUAAAUAGUGCAAUAAAAAUAAUAGUUACACAAAAGCAACAACGAUAGCAACAACUGCAAGCAAUCUUUUCAAUAAAAAUAUGUGUAUGUGUGUUGGUGUGUGCAUUCUAUUGUGUAAGAAGUCUCGUCCAGUCGAGUUAAUUGAAAGACAAAACAAACAAAAACUCACAAAACAGAGCGCACACAAACCAUAUAUGAGCAAACAUAUUAUAUAUACAUAAGUACAUGCAUGUAUGUGUGUGUGUAAUUGCCAGCACAUAUAAGCAGCGACUUUGUAUUAAUCGUGCCAUUAAGUUGACGCGCCGACCAACACCCGCUAACAUAUAAACAAAAGCAUAUGGAUAUGUGUAACUAUAUGUGCAAUAUACUUGUAUGUAUGUAUUUGCAUCUGGAGAUCCACUGGUAGUGGGCAGUAAUUGAGCGAAGGCUGCAAAGAAAUGUGUUUAUGGGUUGAACUGCUGCCUAAUUUAAAGACCUUCACUGUACACUAAUGCAAAUAGCAAUACCAGCAGCCUGAAAGCGCGCUACAGUAAUUGUUGACAUGACGACCGACGAAGUGGUUUUGCGGCGCGACAAGGCCGCAGCAAAUGGCGAACCUUUCACCGAGCCGCCACCGCGUCUACGCGGCCAAAGCGCUUACUUAGCGCUGCUCAGCUCGCUGGCAACAGACUUGGAUAUUAUGCUCAAUGACCUGCGCUCAUCACCAGGGUCGAGACUACUGCCGCCCACACAUCAUUUACAUCAGCGCAGUGCUUCCAACUCAUCCACCGCCUCAUCACCGUUAACGGUUGGCGGUGCGGGUGGUGGUGGUAAUGCGGGUAGUGGCGGUGGUGUUGCUGGUAUCGGUCAGGCUACAACCGGUUAUCUCCACAGCGCUUUGCGGACCCACCACAGUAAUCAAUUUGGCCAACAACAAACGGCCAGUGCACAACGUCAAACAACGCACGUGCAACCCGAGAAGCGGCAGCAACAACUGCAACAACAGUCUAAACCAGCAGCCAAAGUGCAAGUAAUACCAGCUGCGGCCACAACAACAAUAACAACCACAACGGCAGCUACAUCGUCCAUACCGCAGCGUUAUAAUCGCUAUCAAUACCAUAACCAACAACAACAGCAACAUAAGCCAGCGCAAACGCAUCGUUGUUGCGCCUCAUCGGCAAAUGCUUGCAAUCAAGCGAAAAAUCGUAAUGCUACAACAACAAAAACAGCAAUUGGCGCGACUAAGGUAACCGCCACAGCCUCAACCCCAAAGGCAGCUAAAACACAAACAGCAACAACAACCACAAUAACCAACAGCACAACGCGUUAUCAGCAGGGCCACAAUCCACAUGCCACAAACAGGUUGCACACGUCUACAGUCACUACUGCCAGCGCCACAGCGACUAGCGUUGCCCGCUACAGCGACCGCGAAGCGGCGGCAACAGCCGGAAAUGUUGCGCCACUUGCUGAUGACGCUGCCGCCGCCGCAGUUGCAACACAUUGCAGUGGUCUGUCUGCCGAGGUGCGUCGCAUAGAGAAACUGCCUUUGUGGUCGUAUCAGCACAAACAGUUGCAGCAACCGCAAAGGUUGCAAGUACAAUUGUUGCAACAACAACGCGCCACAAAAGCAAUUGCCGUCAUACAUACAGCCGCAUCAAAAACAAGCGCUAUAACGGGCGCUUCCGCGUCGCUGACGGCCAGCAAACAAGAUGUGGUCAGUAGGACAACAUAUUUGGGUGGCUGUGGCUCGUCAAGCGGAAGUACCGUUAGCGGUGGUGGUCCGUAUGGUGCUUCCACACGCCUUGCUGUGGCAAGUGCAGCAACUACGACCAGCGUCACAACCCUCACGACGGCGCAAGUGAUGGACUAUACACACGUCGAUGGUUAUGGGACAAGUGGUGGCGGCAGCGAUGCAUUCCGGUUGAACUGGUUGCAGCCAGCGACAAUAUUUUUUGGCUACACAAAGGAUAAUGACAUGCCAAGGACCUCCGACUCCAGCACACAGUUGACAACAUCAGCCGUGCCGCCAGAAACAACACAGAAUCAAUUAAAGUCCACAACGGCUAUAGCCGCCGCAGCAGCAACAGGCAAUGCCGCACACAACAACAAUAAUAAUAGCAACAACAACUGCAAUAGCAAUAACACAGCCAGUAAUCGACGUCUGCCAUUCUGUGGUUUAGAUUCCAUUAAAGGAAGUGACAGUAAUGGUUUGGGCGAUGGUGUUGUUGGUGGUGCCACCAAUUUAUGCUUCGAUUUGCAUGGUAGCAACAGUGGCGGCAUCAACACCAGCAAUCGACACACUGGCGCUGGACUCGGCCAACACGACGGUGUUCAACAUCAUGAUAACAUAUCAGAGCAAUUUCACUCGCUGGAUGCGGCAGACAGCAGCUGCUGUGGCGAUGGACAGUUCGAGGAUGAUAUGCAAGCUUUGUUGCCGAAAUGCAAGCGCUACUCGGGAGAUGAACUCAGUCAGUCACGUACAUCUCUAGUCUCCAGUUCGGAUGGUGGCAUUUUGGCCGAAGGCGAAACCUCGAGCGAAACAUCGCGCGGCACCGACGAAUGCCCGCCCUGCGACUUGAGCCUGAUGGAGCGUCUGCUGCUGACACAUCCAGUAUGGUUUCUAACCGGCAUACAGCGCUCCGGUGCAGUGCAUUUCCUACAAGGCAAGGAGGAGGGGAAUUUCAUUGUACGCGGCUCCAGUCAACCCAACACUAUGGCCGUGUCGGUGCGUCUACCUCCGGACACUGGUCCUUACAUUGAACACUAUUUAAUACAAUCAAACGACGGCAUUUUGAGCUUGGAGAGCUCGCGUUUCACAUUCGACUCGAUACCGGCGCUGAUCGCACACUAUGCACAAUGCUGCGAUGAGCUGCCUGUACAAUUAGUACUGCCACGCGCUUUGCGCGAAGUCAAAAACCGUCAACAACUUUCAUCACUGGCGCUCUUGGGUCAGGAGUUCUGGCGUUAUCCGAUGUCUUGCCCAAAGCCACAAGAAUCAGAGGCUAAUCUACUCGAUGCUAAAUCACCAAACUCAUUAACAGAGACGAGCGGCUUGGGCACAACGGUCUUCAGCAGCAAUUCUGCCGCACCACAAUCGUCUAAGAUCUUCAGUCCAACCAGUAAUCUGGCCGGUCUCUUUAGUCAGGCCGGCACGCCAUCGGAUACCACUUCAAGCAUGAGUUCUUUUACUACAAGCGGUGGUCCACAAAUGCAACUAAUGAGUCCCGAAUCGGUGGACUCGGUAAUUUUAACAAUGUCACCGGUGGACGUAAAUAAUCAUUGUAACGGCAAUGCUGGUUUAACGACUGAGAAUGCGUCGGCUGCAACUGGCAAUCUCAGCACUUUUAAAUCGAAUAAUCUAGUGCCAGUAACAGCUAAAGGCAUUAAACUGAACGCCGAUAAUGGCAUACGACCACGACGUCCCAAACCACCGAACACGUUGAAUUUGGAUCUGCGCAAACCGCCGGCGCCACCUUUGCGUUGCUUUAAGGCACUUACACCUAGCAGCCCACUGCCAUCGGAACAUGGCUUGAGCGCGGCCAAUAAUUUCACGGUGACCACCACUGUCACAUUUUCAAUGGAGAACAAUAAUUCACCACAUUUUGUUGAGGUUACCACGCCAGCGGCAGCAAAUAACAUGAUCACACCAAGUGCGCUCAACUCGAAUGCAACUUUUCAAACAUUCUCGAAACGUCUAUCACCCGAGGGCGAAUGCAAAGACACGCUCUCUUCACAGGGUUCUUCGAAUGGCAGCCGCUGGCAAUCGCAGAGCAGUAAAGACUCGAAUCACAGCCAAAAGAAGAUACUAUCACCUUGCUCGGCUGGCACGCCAAGCAGCGCUAUGGGUAGCAGCGGCAGCAGCAAAUCACGACGCACCAAAAUGCGCAAAGAAUCCCAACACUACAAAGAGUCUGACAUAUUAGAAAGCCCACAAAUAUAUUGCCGCAGCGCGUUGGGCGAUAAAAUUAGCGACUAUGAAGAUCUAUGGACACAAGAGUCCAAUGAACGUACUGGCCUGCUCACGAGCUUUAAGCCCACCGAAGGUGCACAAGGAAAGCGCCCGGAUCUACUCGCUGAAACACCCACAAUUACUUCCCUAAGCGCCAACUUGCUCUCACCUGCCAAUUCCACUGCCACCUCAGGAAGUCCGCCACGCAAUGGUGAUACCUCGCCCAUGCCUACUACCGAUGCCGAUGCUUGCGAUACUCAACAACUAAUACAAUUCUCUGCCGAUGUACAGCCACGUUCGCGUGCUGGCCUGCUCUUGCCCGGUCUAAUGAGCCAAUCGCUUUCCGAAGAUCAAUUCAAAGUUUGCGAACCGACUGAAGGCGAAAUCACACCGACCGCAGACACGUCUGCCUCGCGCAGCAAACAAGGUAGUCCCUUCUAUGCUGAACCAGCGGAUGCACUACGUGAAGCCGGUCUCACAACUGCUAGCAUACUGCGUCGCUCUCAACGUGGUCCGCUCUUGCCAGCAAAUCACCGGCAUUCCGAGCCACCAAAGAGCGGUAUAGCGCGCACACCCAUGUGUCCCUUGUUAAUACCCAAAGAGUUCGAUAAAAUCGCUGGCAGUCUUGAUGAGUUGAAGAAAAAACAACAACAGCAGCAACCGCAGGCACAGCAAGCACCAGCACAACAACAGCCAACUAAACGAGCACGUGGACGUUUUGACCAAUGGCAAUUGGACAGCAGUUGGGAAUUUGUGCGCAAACAAGAUGACGAUGGUAAUUAUGAUGAGAACUCAGCAGAGCAUAAUGCCAAUAACAAUUAUGGUGAUUACGAUACCGAAGAACACUGGCGUCAACAGCCGACAUGUACGCAAGAGAAAGAGAAUUCUUUGGGUCGUGAUGCAAACAAGGAGAAUAAGCAUAAACCAUUAACAGUACAUCAAAUAAUUGCGAAACACUUCCCCGAUUUGAAUCUACCGGAGUUAAUACAUUGCUCUACUCCGCCACAACAAGCAUAUCUACAACAACAACAUAACGGUCAAAAUGGGCAAAAGCAAUUAAACGAACAUCACGGCAGCCAAAAAUCUUUCGACAGUCAGACUGGUAGUCGUCUGUCGUCUUACGACAAUGUCGGCGGCACAUAUUCUUUCUGCCAGUCGUAUUGCAACGGCAUUGAUUCGGCGCAAUCGGAUGAUGGUACAGUGUUCUCGGAACCGUGGGACUCAUCGCAAUGGGACUCCAUCAAUCCACAGGAUGAUACCACCAUCACUUCGGACACCAUACACUUUUCGAAAUGUCGACCCGUCGUCUCAGAAGAUGAUACCAUAAUUGAAGAGUUGAGCACCAAAGAAAGCAAUCAAGAUACAUUGAAAGCAAAGAAGUCGAAUAGCAGGCAAAAGGUUGCAACAAUUUUACGAAACCCGAGCAUGCGAGAUCGUGAAAUUUUGCGUCACCCACGCAACAAGCUGAACGCGUCCAAUGGUGGUCCCGGCGAACUGGUGCGCGCUUGCACAUUACAACUCGCACAAGAUCCGUGCUCCACAUUUGCGCGCAAUAUCGAAAACUUCAUCUCCUGCACUAAGGAGUCACGCGAAGCGGCGCCACAGGUCGUUAUGCGCAAUAUGCGUCAAUUCAUGAACGGCAUGAAGAACUAUCUCGUAAAGCACGGCGAGGGUAAAUUCCAUCAAGAAAUCGAAGCGGCGCGUUCGCGUCUCAAAGCGGACGAGUUUCUCAAUUUGGACGCCAUACUCGAGACCGUAAUGCAUGAAUUGGUUGUGCUGCCGCUGCGCGAACAUCUCUACGGUAUGUUUGUAGACUACUACAAACGCUCGGAAGACAUACAGCUAUUGGCACAAAAUGUUAAAUACGCCUGCGGACGCAGUCCAGCCGAUUUUGGCAUACGCGCCACAGUUACGCCGCCAUCGCCCACAUCAUUGCAAGCAAUAUCAGCGUUAUUGCAGCGCCUGCAAGAAGCCGAACUACCGCUCGAAAAGCUAGAUCUUUUUUUGUGCAUCAUUUCGACAAUAUUUGAGGCCACGGGCUGUCCACGCGGCCAACAAUUAGGCGCCGACGACUUCUUACCCGUGCUGGUAUAUGUGGUGGCCAAAUGUGGCUUCGUAGGCGCCGAGAUAGAAGCUGAAUUUAUGUGGGGUCUUCUACAGCCGACAUUGCUGAGUGGCGAGGCGGGCUACUACUUGACGGCGCUCUGCAGCGCUGUGCAUGUGCUCAAAAGUUUCAUGGCUUCGGAGAGCGAAAACGGCACGGGCUCGCUAGAUUGGCGCUCCUCAUCGCUACCAGCCUGCUCAUCGGUGCUGCGCGUCAUCAUACCCGACGAAUGCAACGGUUCAUUACAAACGCGCACCCUUCCCGUGCGCCCGCACACCACUACGCGCGACGUAUGCCGCAUCAUUGCGCAUAAGGCACGCAUAACCAAUCCACAAGACUAUGCGCUCUUUAAGCUCGUCGAUGGCGAGGAAACGCUAUUGAAUGACGCCGAAUGCCCACAGGAUGUGCGUUUCGCGUCAAAGGGCAAACACUGCAUGUUGGCGUACAAACGCAUUGACGCCAAAAUCGCUUGGCCCACAACAACCUAUUAGAUAUGGUGUAAAAUAAGAAGCAGCUUAAGCGCUCUUAACGCAUAAAGCAAGAUUAUUUUAAAAUAAUCUCAAAAUUUAUGAAGCAAAGCAGCGCGCAGAAGCUGUUUAGGAAACCUUUCGGUUUUUGCCACAAAAUCAAAAGCCUGAAGUCAGCUAGGCAUGCGCAGAAGAGCAAAUAACCAAUAUGAUAUUUCGUUAAGGCGCGGAUUAAUUUUAAUUAGUUGUAAUUGAAAUCAAAUCAUUAUGCACCAUUGCUCACUAACCACUCUCAUUGUGUUUACACAUAUACAUAACAUACAUAUGUAGCUAUAUAUAUGUAUGCAUUUACGAGUAUACUAAACAGUAUUGCGAUAAGUUAAUUGUAAGCGAAAGCCCACACACACCUAUAAACAAUAUAAAGUUGUGUGUUGUAAACGUAGUAUAAGACUACCAUAUAAAUGUAUGUAGCUAGUUAUAAAUUAAGUGAGACUACUGACUAAUGACACUUAAUAUAAUAAUUCGAAUUAAUUUUGUAUCCUUAAUGAACAAUUGCGUUUACAAAUCAAAAAAAAUAUUGAGGAAGAGAGCAAUUAUAAGACAAAUUUACAAAGCAAAAUCAUUUUAAUAUAUUUGAAAUAUAUAAUUUUUAUUUUCAAUUAAUUUCGUAAUCAACUAAAAAAUGCUUAAAAGCAUUAAAGAAAAUUGAAAAAAAGAUUUACCAUAAAUCGGCGUUAACAAUAGAAAAAAAUAAUUAAGCGCUAAUAAUGCAUUAAUACAAAAUUGGCAUAACUAAACUGUUAAAAAAAUUAAACCAAAAAUUAAAAACGCAAAUUUAUGCGCAAAAACUAAUUAUGUAACAGUUAUACUUUAAGAAUUAGCAUGCUAAUUUGUAAAUGAAAGUAUACCCAAAUAUCAUAUUUUAUAUGUAAAGUGUUUAAAUGCUUAAAACUACCCACUAUACUUGUAUUUGUGUAAAUAUUCAUAAGAUUUGUAUAAAGAAACAACACGAUAAAUAUACUUACAUAUUUCAAACUAAUUUAAA